GCGCGAUUGUACCGAACGAUUCAUUUUUCGUUGUAUGCCUGUCUGCUUACGGUUCUCUUAUUUGCGUCCAGUAUUCUUGUCAAAGGUGCUCCUGUAAAGUUACUCGUGUUUUGUUUGAAUCCAAACUUGUUCUAUUUUUUGAUAAUUUGUUUUGUGCAUGUUUGUAAAAGCCUGGAAUGUCUAAACAAAACGUCUGCUUCUAAAAGAUAUCGGCCUGGUUGCCUUUUUGGCAUUCUAAACCCUUGUUCGCGUUGAAACGGAUGUCCGCGCAAUGUAAUUGUAAGAUUAUUGAAGAAAUGGGAAUGAAAUGUUGAUUUGUGCGGGUAAUGAACGUUGGAUCGAACAUGUGUGAAUGACUAUAUUGAGUUGGAUUAUUAGUGAAUUGUGCGGAGGACAGAGAACAUAACUUUUCUGUUAGGACCGAGAAAAAAGGACAAUAAAGCGGCCUGUGCGAACGGCGUGGGUGUUGUUCAUUGUCGACUCGUGAUUUCCAGUACUUGAGGAGAACUUUUGUAUAUGCUGGUUAAAUAUACAAUUUUGUACUUUGGUAAAAAUGGAAGUACACAUCUCCCCGUUUCACGGCAUUAAUCCAAACCUUCCGCUGACAAUAACGCCAAUUAUGAAAUCUUCCAAUGAACAACGUUUUUCUGGACCAGAUUUAACGUUUCAUUGUAUGUGUUGUGGUGAUGUUUUCGACAAUCCUCAAAUGUUGUACCAACAUAUGAGCAAGUGCCACUCGAAUCUAAACGGACAUCAACAAUUGAAAAAUGAAGAAAUGGACGAAGACGAUGAAGAUUCUUUCGAGUAUUCCAGUAUCAUGGAGCCAAUUUGUGAAUUGGUGCAUUCUGACGAUGAUGAUGAUGAAGAUGAUCGUCUACGGUUAUAUGAGUUCCCAACGAAUUCGAAAAUGAAACAACAGCCCUUAAAUAACAAAAGUGAAAGAGGAGAACAGUCGUCACCCAGUCCCCAAAUGAUGGAACACGAUGAUGAAAAUUCUUCCGGAUCUAGCACCGGAAUUUUCCCACAGCACAUGCCGCGAGAAGCUUUGCACGGACUUUAUGCACGUCAGCUUCCAGAACAAUUGGGCAGGCAGGAUGAACGACGCAACCGCCGCGAAAAAGUCGACUCACGACAGCUCAUUAAUAACUGCUUCCAAUGCUCGCAGUGUGAGAAGUCUUUCCAGAAUGCGGGAGAUCUGGCAAAACACGUACGAUCACAUACUUUGAACAAACCGUAUCAAUGUUCCAUUUGUGAUAAAACAUUCACUCAUAUUGGUAGCUUGAAUACCCAUAUUCGUAUACAUAGUGGCGAAAAACCUUAUAAAUGUGAUAUUUGCUCGAAAGCUUUCACACAAUCUAGCAGUCUCAUGGUGCAUCUGAGGUCGCAUGCGGUAAAGAAACCACAUCAAUGCCAUUUAUGUGACAAAGGUUUUAUAAAUUCGAGCAGCUUAGUACUGCAUCUGAAAGCGCACGCCGAGGGAAACACUUUCGCUUGCACUGAAUGUGAUAAAGAAUUUAAGCACUCAAGCAUGCUUGCUGAACAUAUGCGUCUUCAUUCUUAUGAUCUUGUCUACCAAUGCUCCAUUUGCCGUAAAGCUUACAAACAUUCUAGUGAGCUAGUACAGCACAUGAAAUGCCAUACAGGGGAGAAACCCUUCCAAUGUUCCAUCUGCGAGAAAUCAUUCACGCAACCUGGCAGCUUAAACACGCAUAUGCGGAUACACACCGGAGAACGUCCAUUCCAUUGUAAAAUUUGUGAUAAAUCGUUUACGCAAGCGUCCAGCCUCACUGUUCAUAUGAAGAUACACAGCGGCGAAAAGCCAUAUUCAUGCCAUAUUUGCCGAAAAUCCUACAGCCAGCAGUCCUACUUGAACAAACACAUACAAUAUCAUAUUGAUAACGAUCGUAGCGAAGGUUUAGCUUGCCUUGUCUGUGGCGCGCUAUUCAGGAAUACAUUUGAAAUGCAUCAGCAUGCAGUGGAUAAGCAUGAGAAUGUACUGCGUGAUAUGCGGAAUCGUCAAAUGAAUUAGUUUUUAGCUAAGUGCAGAGUUUUAUGUAUGUUAGAGGAUUAUUGCCAUAUAUAAGAUACAUAUUUUAUAGUAUUUUUGAUUUACAAAAUGAAAGUACUUAUUUUACGCGUCUUCGUAUGAAAAACACGCUGUUAUAUACAUCAGGGACUUUUACCUUAAUACCAGAUAAUUUGAAAUACAACAAUAGCUAAAAAGUCAAUAAUAUUUAAAUAAGGUGGGUCCUGGUCGGACCAAGUUCUGUUUUGUCUCAAAAUGUAAUACUAAAGCCAACACCAAAGUGCAUGAUAUUAACAUGUUUCAGUUAAAAAGAUUCAAAGAUUUGUAUGAACCGCUUAAUGAUAUUCGAUUUAAGAAUAUAUUCUGAGAUAAUAUUCACAUCAGUGUAGUAGGAAAGACAACACGUUUAGAAAAGGCAUUUAUCCAAAUGAAAAAGUUCAGUAAUCAUAAGCCUUGAACGCAGCAGUUAUAAAAGAGAAAGUAUUGAACGUAUUAUAAGUAGAAGAGCUGAAAAUGACAAAUCUAGAGUUAGUUUAUGUAACAUAAACCGAACAAAUCAUACAUAUAUUUUCCUAAGAAGUAAGAAAAACAGUAGAAUGUCUUAUGAAGUGCAGUUCCAUCAAUGUUUUCUGUAAUAUUUUUUAUGUAAUUGUCUUCGACAUUAGUUAUUACAAUUCACGAACGCAAGUAUUCUUUCAUUGAAAGUGUUUAAGUUAAAGACGUAGUUAUUUUAAUACUCAAUAUUGGUCUCGAAAUAAAGCAUCAUUUUUAUUACCACA